AUGAAUAGAGUUACCCUUCAAAUAUGCGAUAAAGGAUUCUGGAAGCCGGCAGUUAAACUGCCUAAAGGCGCACUGAAAGGUUCAAGCCAUGGAAGAGGAGAGUAUCUGAUUACUCCAAAAGGACAGAGCGCAUUUAAAGCUUACUGUGAUAUGGACUCAUUUGGAGGUGGCUGGACCGUGUGUUAUAAAACUGAUGGAUUUGUUGACAUAAAGAGUGAAUUGAAAAGUACUCCACGUCUUGGAUACAGAGCUGAUUGCAAUCAUAUUCCAACUGCAAAAGGUGUCGCUUCAUCGUCAUCCAAGUAUCGGCUUCUGAUUUGCUAUACUUCAUUUUACAAAGGUUUAAUGGUAUCUGGUUACACAGACUCGUGUUAUAAGAAGUGCGACCAUUGGUGUUGGCACUCUGUAUCGCCAUAUUUCCGUUCUGCAAGCUCAUCAACACUUUUCGCCGGAGUAGCAUUCGAUAAAAAUGGGCAUAAACCAUUGGGAAAACGCUUAAUCUGUGUUGCUAUUCGUUAA